AUGGUCACUGAUUAUAUGCAUAUCCCGGAAAGAAGCUAUCACAUUACUCCCGUAAGAACUCUGUUACCAUGGCUAGUUAGACACGUCGAAGUAGCUCGAGGAGAAAUUUCUUUCCGUCUUGAAUUAUUUCCAGCUUUUAAUUAUGCGAUGGAUUCGCACUCUGCCGAAAUAAUUAAUCACAAAUCCCACCCUGACCCUAAAGAAAUUUCUUUUGUUGGGAGUCAAUGUAUAAGCAUCAUUUCAAAAGAUUUACAGAUGGAUCUUCGAUAUGUCGUGAAAAGUGGUGAAAGCACUGCUCCACAUAUUGAAUUCAAAAUAUUGAAUCACGAAGAAUUUAAAGGUCCUUGCGUGAUUGCAGAUUUUACUUUGAAAGAAACUCAAGAAGUUAUAUUUAUUUUUCGAGAAAUCCCUGAUACAACACUUAGUAAUAACGAAAACGAAUGUGAUACUCUUAUGUAUAAAUCUUUGAACCCUAAUCUUAGUUAUUCUUUGUUAAAAUCAAUGUUUCGUGAAACUUUGCAUUUUUGGCAAAAUUGGAUUGCAAAAUCGGCUUAUAAAGGACGAUGGAGGGAAUAUGUACAUCGAAGUGCUCUUACCUUAAAACUGUUAACUUAUGAACCGAAUCCGGAUGGGUCAUUAAAUAUCAUGUAUAGUAUUGACGGUGAAAAACGAUUAAUCGAAAAAGAACUUAAUCAUUUAGAUGGAUAUCGAGGUUCACGUCCUGUACGUAUAGGAAAUGGUGCAUAUGAUCAUAUUCAGUUGGAUAUUUAUGGUGAAUUACUAGAUGCUCUAUAUUUAUAUAAUAAAUAUGGUAGCCCAAUUUCUUAUGAUAUGAAUAGAUGGUUACAAGUUAGAGACACAAUUUAUGAAGAAAUUAUGACUAAGGCUUGGAAUCCUAAAAGAAAAAUUUUCACUCAAUCUUAUGAAGCCUUAGAUUCUUUGGAUUCUUCAGUGUUGAUUAUGCCUUUAGUAUUCUUUAUUAGUCCAACUGAUCCAAGAUUUUUGAGUACUAUUAAGGAGAUUCAGUUGCCGCCUGAAAAAGGAUUGUAUAGUGAAGAAAUUGCAAAUGGUGGUGAACAUUUGGGAAAUUUUCCUCAAGCUUUUACUCAUAUUGCUCUUAUUAGUGGUAGGAUUAAUUUAAAAGAAUCUGUUAAUGUUUUCUUUAAGGUGAUUAAAUACUUAUUAUUUUUUUAA